GCUGAGCCACGCCAGCCAGGCCAAGGCAGACCUUUAAUCUGCUGACCAUGGCACAGGUAAUCUCUCCUGAAGUCAUGCAACUGACCUUUGGUGCAUGGUUUCUUCAGGAUAAAAUGGCCUUGGAGAUUUCCUGGUGAUCUCUUAACUUCCUGCACCAUUAUAAAUGCUCUAUCAAAAAUAUGAAAUAAGAGCUGUCUAUAGUAAGCAUUACCUUGAGUAUGUGGCACGGGGUGGGGAGGAUUGUGCAUUUGAUGGACUUGUCAGACUGAUUUAAUUUUUCAUUAACUCUCAGUAUCUCAAAUAAGAUAGAUAUGAGAAAUAUACAGUAGUGCCUCUUUAUAAUACCAAUUAUUUUUUAUAUUUGCAAUUUUCUUUUUGGUUCUUAGAGUAAUCAAGUCAGAGGAUUAUAUGACUUUUAUCUGCCUAGAGAAGAACUAUGGAUCUACAACAUGGAGACUGGAAGAUGGAGAAAAAUUAACACUGAAGGUGAUGUUCCUCCUUCUAUGUCAGGAAGCUGUGCUGUGUGUGUAGACAGGGUGCUGUACUUGUUUGGAGGACACCAUUCAAGAGGCAAUACAAAUAAGUUCUACAUGCUGGAUUUAAGGUGUACAGACAGAGUAUUACAGUGGGAAAGAAUUGAUUGCCAAGGAAUUCCUCCGUCGUCAAAGGACAAACUUGGUGUCUGGGUGUAUAAAAACAGGUUAAUAUUUUUUGGAGGGUAUGGAUAUUUACCUGAAGAUAAAGUAUUGGGAACUUUUGAAUUUGAUGAAACAUCUUUUUGGAAUUCAAGUCAUCCAAGAGGAUGGAAUGAUCAUGUACAUAUUUUAGACACUGAAACAUUUAUCUGGAGCCAGCCUAUAACUACUGGUAAAGCACCUUCACCUCGUGCUGCUCAUGCCUGUGCAACUGUUGGAAACAAAGGCUUUGUGUUUGGAGGCAGAUAUCGAGAUGCUAGAAUGAAUGAUCUUCACUAUCUUAAUCUGGAUACAUGGGAGUGGAAUGAAUUAAUUCCACAAGGUAUAUGCCCAGUUGGCCGAUCUUGGCACUCACUAACACCAGUUUCUUCAGAUCAUCUCUUUCUCUUUGGAGGAUUUACCACUGAUAAACAGCCACUAAGUGAUGCCUGGACUUACUGCAUCAGUAAAAAUGAAUGGAUACAGUUUAAUCAUCCCUACAUUGACAAACCAAGAUUAUGGCAUACAGCUUGUUCCAGUGACGAAGGAGAAGUAAUUGUUUUUGGUGGGUGUGCCAAUAACCUUCUUGUCCAUCACAGAGCUGCACACAGUAAUGAAGUACUCAUAUUUUCAGUUCAACCAAAAUCUCUUGUAAGGCUAAGCUUGGAAGCAGUCAUUUGCUUUAAGGAAAUGUUAGCCAACUCGUGGAACUGCCUUCCAAAACACUUACUUCACAGUGUUCAUCAGAGGUUCGGUAGUAACAACACUUCUGGGUCUUAAGGCUUCAUAGAUAAUGCCUCGGAUCACCCUGCAUGGACAGCAAUUCUGUGAACAUCAGAGUGGCAUCAUUUGUAUAGUUAUUUGCAAUGUGUAGUUUUGCAGCUUUUUGGUUUUAAUGUGCAUGUGAAUGGCCUAGAGAACCUAUUUUUGUGUCCAAAGUUUACAAUAAAUGUAUUUAACACCA